UUAUUUCCUAACAGUGAGUUAGAAAUACUUCUCAGGAAAAAUGUCUCAGGAGACAUGAGAAAUAAUGAAGUCGCAACAAAAACCAUGUAACUGACCAUCUCUCCUUUCCCUCAGUCACUCAUCACCACCACUGCAGUCGAAGAAAGAACUAGAAGUAAAGUGGCUAAAACAGGAAGAUGGGGGUUCAACACAAACUGAUUCAUUGGUGCUUUCUGCUGCUGCUGCCAGGUGCAGUGAGUCUUGAACCAUCUAUAGUUUAUCCUUUUAUAAGAACUUGUGCUGUAGAAGGAUCGACUGUCACCCUCCCCUGCACCUUCACACCAGCAACGUCUGUCGAGAUAAAUGGAAAAGAUGAGAAACUGAAGAUCGUCAGAGUCGUCUGGUGUCAGAACCAUCCAAUCUGUCAUAGCAACACCCCGUCUGUGUACGACAGUAAUUCAACAAACAACGACCCUCGCUAUCAAUACCUGGGAGACAAGAAGAGAAACUGCACUUUACAGAUCAUAGAUAUUCAGAAGAAAGACGACGCAAGCUUCAGAUUCAGGAUGGAAGCUGAUAAUGGAGCAGGACAUUUUACUAACACAACAGGAGUGAGAGUCUUUGUUGUUGAUGGGAUUCAGAUGAUGAUACAGAGCUCCAGGAACAAGAACACAUUGUCUACAGGUGAAUCAGUCUCACUGCAGUGUACUGCACACUGCACUUUCCACCAGCUGGACGUCACCUGGUUCAAAGAUGGACACGCCCUCUCACAGUCUGGCCCCACCCUCCAUCUUAGCUCCGUGACUGCAAAGGAUUCUGGGAACUACACCUGUGCUCUGAAGAACAACAUGAAGACACAGUCUCUGCAGCGCAGCCUGCAGGUGGAACCAGGGAAACCAGAGGAACCAGGGGAAGGAAUCAACAAAGUGACAGUCGUCCGUCUGGUUCUGUUCAGUGGACACACAGUUCUCAUCAUCAUCGUGGCUUCAGUCAUCAUCAAAAGGACGUGUUGUUUGCAGGACAGGAGCAGAUCAGCAGCUGAGAGACAUGUGGAAGUAAAGCCUCCAGAUGCUACAGAGCAGCUGUGAUGCUGGAGCCGACCUGAUGGACUGGAUGCUGUUAGUGGUUUAUCAUGUCUUCAGUUCAGAACAGAAAAUAGAACAGAUUCUGGUCUUUUCAACACUGACUUUAAGGCCAUGAUUCAUAAUUCAAACAAAGCUGAAAGACGACUAAUUUAACUCCUGAUUGAUCGUUCAGUAAAAGACUUGAGUUUAUUCUGUUGUUUAAACAUUUUAAGUUAUUUGAAGUAUUUUAAACUUGAGUCAAGUAUCAGAAUCAUUCAUGACUUUGUCUUUCCCACAAGCUUCACAUGACUUAUCCUUUGUUAUCUAUGAAUGUAUGUAUGAAUUAUCUACAAAUAAAAUGUUCAGCGUUAAAAUUUAUUGAUUUGUUUGUCUGUCAAGGAGUAAAUUUUGUCUUUUGUCUGUAAGUAUGUGAAUGAAGUGUAAUGCAGAGGAACCAGGGGAAGGUUGGUUUGCUCAGUUUUCUUCAGUGAAAAAAAUCAUCAAAAAGUAAAUUCUACCCACAAAUCAUCAUCUUUUCAUCUUCUUCUUCUCAGUAGAUGUGUUGCAAUGUUGUUAUCGUGACAU